AUGAUAAAGCGAGUGGUGAAAAAGGAUAAUGUACUUAUAUCCCGUUGUAGAAGAUUUGUUUAUAUACCAAGCCAAGCGGAUAUAGCAAAAUUGUCAACAAAGAGUUUAGGAAAUUAUGCAUUUGAUAUUUUGAGAUUAUCUAAGGAAAACGAGGGUUUAUAUGAAAUGUUUAAAAAGAAAGUCCAGAGUGAAAUAAAUUCAUUCGAUGCAAAAGAUUGUUAUAGGGUACUAAAGUCACUAGAGGUAAAUAACAAAUUGGGGGAGGAAGAAGUUUUAAUAAAAAGCAUCUUACAUCAAAUAUCUGUUCAGGCAUGUAAAUAUUCUAUGAAAGAAAUUUGUGACAUAUGUUUUUUAUGUUCUAAAUUGAACUUGAUUUAUAUACCCUUAUUUGCUUCUUUAUCUGUUGCAUUUUUAAAUAAAAUUACUUUGGCUAGUCCUGAACAUAUAUCUAUAAUAUGUUUAAGUUUUUGUAAAAUUCAUAUAAAAGAUAUAAAUUUAUUCAAUCGGAUUGCAGUUGCAACACUAAAUAUAUUGCAUACAUUCGAUGUAGAGAGUUUAAUAAAUGUAUUAACUUCUUUUAGUUAUUUGGACAUACAAAAAGACAUGCUUUUAUUUUCUUCUGUAGAUAUAUUUAUUAAAAAUCAAAAUAAAUUAGAUGCAAAUCAGUUAGUUAAAAUUACAUAUAUAUAUUCAAAGUUCUACUACAGAAAUAAUGAUAUUAUCUCAAUGCUUCGAAACAAAUUGCCUUCACAUAUUUCAUAUUUAAAUAAUGUGCAGCUAGCAGAAUUAAUAAUUUCGUUAGAUAAAUUAUGCAUCAACUUUUAUGCUAUAAAUAAAUUUUUUACUAAUGUAAAUUUGUUACAUUUAAAAUUUCCCAUUGCAAUAAAAGUCAUAAAUGUUUUAUCGAAACUACAUAAUAUUAAUAUAGAAUUUAAAUAUGACCAUAUUUUGCUUUGCCUUAAUAAUUUCUUAUUUGUUCAUGGAAAAAGUAGUAAACACCUGAACGGCAAGGUAAAAAGGAAAUUUUUAGAAAAAUUUAACACAUCCUACGGUAUAAAGAAUGGAAACGGUGCUUUUUUAAAAAGUGACACAUAUAAUGAUAACAUAGUUGCUCAUAAUGCAAGCAAUGCAAAGGAAUGCAAGGAUGGAGUAAAUUUCAAGGGUAUGUUAUCUGACUACUAUAGUAGUUAUUACCGUCCAAGAGAUGGUAUAAAAGAGAAAAUAUUAUUUUAUAAGGAAAUUAGAGGAACAAAUUUGGAUAAAGCUGAUGGGGGUGAUUAUGCCGAUUAUGCCGAUUAUGCCGAUUAUGACGAUUAUGCCGAUUAUGCCGAUUAUGACGAUUAUGGCGAUUAUGAGAAUUAUGACAAUUAUGACAAUUAUGACAAUUAUGUUAAUCAUGAUGAUCACCAUCAUGUUGUUCGAUCAACUGAGGGAGAGUCGCAUUUCAUUCCAUUAGGGAGUAGCGAGUUGAAUGAAAAAUACUAUUUUCAUCUCAAUUUGAUGAAUAAAUUAAAUGCAGAUUCUGUUUGCCAUUUGAGUGUAGAUAUGUUUGAGUCUACAUGUAAUAUGCUAUUAAGAAAUUCAUUAAUAAAUGAAUACGAGAAGGAGAUGAAAUUUUAUUUAAAUUGUAUUAGCAAGGAAAUAAUUUUUUUAAAAGAAUACCUUAAUUUUGAUUGUUUAAUAAAAUUAUUUUCAUCUUUAUUAAAAAUACCAAUAAUAUGGAAUAUGUCCUUCUUAGACUUUAAUAUAAUGAACACAAUAAAAGACAAGUGUUUAUUUUAUAUUAAUAAUGAAAUUAAUUUUUAUGAACAGCUAUUAAAAAGAUAUAUGUGCAUUUUCCGUACUUCGGAAUAUACGGACAAUCAUAGUUUGAUAUUAUGUUGUUUAUUCAAUUUAUAUAAUAUUAAGGAUAAAAAGGAAUACAGUGAUUUAUUUAAAGAAUGCUUACAGUAUUAUUCGCUAAUAAUGAGGAAAGGUAAAGUAAACAAUGGAAGAAAAUGUAGCAGUUAUAUAGUAGAAGAAAUUAGUGUAUAUAAUUUUGUAGACUUUUAUUAUAAAGAUAUUCCUUUGUGGAAUAAAAAUGCGGGAUGUACAAGUGCCUCGAGUUUGGCUAGUCAUCCGCCGAGAAACUUUUCUCAUAAUAAUAUUAGCAGCAUUUAUUGUAACGAUGAUGCUGAUGUUUAUGGUUACUGUGAUGAUGAAUGUAAUGUAGGGGGUACUAACUCCCUUUCGCAGACUCCUAGAAGCACAAGGAUAAAUAAAAUACUCAACAUAGAAUUACUUAGCAUCGUUCAAAAUUAUAACAAACAUGUAAAAAUAAAUUUUAAGGAUGAUAUAUAUUACAUUUCACUAUUUGAAUAUGACAAUUACAUAGCUUAUGUAUUUUUAGAGCCACAGGAUUAUUUUCAUUCGUGCAAUGAAAAUAACGAAUUAAAAAUUGUUAACACUUUGUUAAAAAGAAAAGAAGACAAAACGAAUGACAGUAAGUGCAAUUCCAUUUUCUUAAUUAAUAAUAUUUCAUAUAACCCUUAUUAUGUUUUUUACAAUGAUAAUUAUUUUAUUAAAUCAGAAAUAUUAAUUAAAAUAAAUUAUUUGUUAAUAAAAGGAUAUACUAUAAUAGCAAUACCAUUUUAUUCGUGGAUGUGUAUGAAUUAUGAAGAAAAAAGUAGCACCAUUUCUGAUCUUCGAAAAAAUGUCCUGAACGGGUAA